GGUUUUGUGCUGGGAAACGCAGGGUCAAGUUUUGUGCCUUUUUUAAAAAAAAAAAUCCUCUAUUCCAUACGUUCUUUUGAUAGUGUAAUUGUGCCAGAACAGCUGAAGAUGAAGGGCCGCCAUGUUGCACCAGGAACUUUUCAUGUUAAACCUUAAUCCAACUCGGGAGUGAUUUGUUUUUUGUUUUCGGGAGGGCAGGAGUAGCAUAGGGUCUUUAAGCAAUUGACGGGGAAAAAGAUCGCAAGUUUCAAUGAACUGUCAUUUGCAAAGCGAAAGAGCACGGGAUCUGAAGGCAAUCACAAGGAAGGUUAAGAUGACAAACAACAUCGGACCCAGCACCGAUCCCUGCAGCGCUCCACUAGCCAGGGACCUCCAGUCAGAGAGGCAACCAUUGAUUACCACUCCCUGGCUUCUCUCACAAAGCCAAUGUCUAAUCCUGUUUGCUACCUCAUCUUGAAUGCUGAGCGACUGAACCUCUUGACCAGCCUCCCUUGUGGGACCUUGCUAAAGUCCAUGUAGACAACAUCCGCUGUCUUGCCUUCAACUUUCCAGGUGGGAAAUCAGGAAAGAUGGAUCGUGUUUGUGAAUAUAAAUUGACAGUGGGUAGCAUUUUGCCCUUUGAUAAUUCACAACAAAUUUCAAAUUCACUGGGUUUCAAUAUUUCUGAGGGCAAUGGCCCAAACAGCAGGACUGGUCAGAGUAUUUGUGGAAGAGAAAGCUGCAAUCUGCAGGAUGGAAGUGGUGUUCAGCAGUCCACUGAUUCACGGGAUGAAGCAAAACCUGCAUUUAAUGGCCAUGCAUCAGUACGAUCCUAUAUUCCUUUGCGCAAACUUCAAGAUUUAGCUUCUAUGAUUCCUAGUGGAUUCUCUGGUGAAUCUCCAGAGAUAAAACAAUGGUCAGAGUCCCUUGAGAACUCUCCAAUUCAGGACUGUUGCACAAUUAGCAAAGACAGUGACACUGGUACAGAGCCUGAAAUUACACAGAGUGCUUCACCAGAAUUGAAGUUAAAAAUAACUAAAAUGGUUAUGAAUGGAACAAUGAUGUUUGAAUCGUCCAUCUGCAGUGAGGUGGAUAAAGAAGAUGGAAAGGGUUCCGAAGAACAACUUGCAAUCAUCAAAGACGUUGAACUACCAAUGUUGCACAGAGCAAAAAGAAUGAGAAAGAAAAGUGUUAAAUAUAGUCCUUCUCAUGAAUCUGAACAGCAAGAAGACAAUGCAGUGAAUUUCUCUCCACCACCUUCAUUAGGAGGAAGAAAGGAUUUUACUAGAAGGCGAAGAAAAGUGAUUCCUGAGAAGUAUGCGGUUGGAGAUUUGGUAUGGGUGAAGUUCAGUAGACGUCCUUGGUGGCCCAGCGCUGUCUGUCUUGAUCCUCUGCUGAAGAUUCACACCAAAAUGAAGGAUCCGAGCAGGAGGCCUUGUCGACAGUAUCACGUUCAGUUUUUGGGCAUCUUUACAGAGCAUGCAUGGGUUGCUUCAGCAGGGGUUGAGCCCUUUGAAGGAAGACAUCAGUAUGACCUGCUGGUGCAAAGGAGUGCCAAAAAAGCAGAAAGUGAUGCGCAGAGAAAUAAGGUUUCUUUUAAACUCAAUGCUCGAUGGGAAGCUGGUGUUGAUCAGGCAGAAGAAGCACUUUCAAUGUCUCUUGAAGACAGGAUAUCUAAAUAUUGUCUGAUUGGUGAAGCAAGCUUACUCCAAAUGGCUGCAAAAGAAACGUUUGAUAUUCAAUACAAUUCAAAGUCCAAGGUGCUACAUACUUCAGCAGUCUCUAGCAGUCAAUCCAAAGGAUAUGAAAACUGUUUCUCUACAUAUACAAAUAGGGAAAGCAAGAUGAGUAAAAAAUCCUCAAAUACUAGAUGUUCUUCUGACUGUAAAACCAGAAAAGGAAUGAAAAACAAGCUUUUAAAAUCCAAAGUUCACAUUAAAGAAUCAAAUUUGUGUACAGACAAUACAAGAAAUGAUAUCCCAGUCAAUUCAGCUAAUUUUUUAAAUGGCUUUGUAGAGCAGUCAACUGAGAUGAUCUUGGGCACAACUCCAAAAUUGAAUUGUGUUGAAAAUUCAUCAAUCCAUAAUAAUAUAAGUACAUCAGAGAUUGUUUCAGCUGCAACUGCAGUAUUAAACUGGUCAGAUGAAGGAAUUCCUAGGGAGCCAUUUAAUGUAGAAAAUGGUACAACUUCAAUUGAACACAAGGCAAAAACUAAAUCUGAACAUUAUAGUGUCUGUAAUGGGACUGGAGCUCAAUUUGAAGCCACUCGUCAGAAUACACAGUUAAGUACACAGGAUGCAGAUCAUUGUAUACAGCAGAUGGAUGAGCUGGUUCUCACCCACAAUGUUGAAGAGAAAGCUGAACCAAAAGUAUGGAAAAGAAUGGAACCUGCACAGUCCAGUAUUACCGAACUAAAACAGAUCUUUCCAUUAGGCAAGCGUCAAAGGAAACCCAGUAAAAAACUGUUGGAAUCAACAGAAGAUUAUGAACAAUUGUUUAUUCCAAAAAAGAAACUGAAACCUCCCUUUCACCAGGGCACAUCACACUGUUUAGGAAAAACUCGUCAAACGGAAACACAGGACUUUACAAGCUGCAAGAAUGAAUCAAAAAGGCAACAAUUUAAGAAGAAUUUGACUCACCCCCAGAAAUGCUCUACUCCGAAGACAACUCCAUCUAAACUUGUAGCAGGUUCAGUCUUGUCAAAAUCUAUUCAUUGUCAAGCCUUGCCCACACCUGUGGUAGCCCAAAGUGUUUCACAACUAGCUCUCUCUAAUUCAGCAGUAAAACCAACUCCUAUGAAACCUGUGCUGAAACAGUGCACAGUUGUGCCCGACGGCGAGGGUGUGCAGCCCGUGCCCAACGGCGAGGGUGUGCAGCCCGUGCCCAACGGCGAGGGUGUGCAGCCUGUGCCCAGUGGUGAGGGUGUGCAGCCCAUGCCUAUGGUACAAAACUCCCAGACCAGGCAUGUUACAGGCCUUCAGUCCAUAAAUGAAUUAGGAAAAUGCAAGACCACGUCAGGAAUGGAGUCAUUGCAGUCCAUUCCUAAGAGGGAACAAUCACAUGUCAUUCCUGCAGAUGAUUUAUUCCAGUCCACGGCAGUAGGGGAACAACACCAUUGCACUGUUGUGGAAGCAGGGUGCCUGCCUGUGUCUACAGCAAAUCAGUCACCUUCCCAAAUUGUGGAAUAUCAAUCCCAGUUAUCAGCAAAGGAACUGUUCCAGUCUUCAUCUGCAAAAGGGGGUUCAUCUAUUCCAGCCACAGAAUAUCUCCAGUCCUUGCCAGCAGAGCAACCUGCUCCCCCAGCUGCUCAGACACAAGCAGAUUCACAAGAAUGUAAAAAAGAUACUACUCUACAGAAGCGAUGGCAUCGUAGAAGCAGUCUGCAUACUCCAGCACCACCUGAAGCUAAAUCAGAAGGAAUACUUACACAACUGACCUCUUCACCUGGAAAUGCUGAAGGAAAACGACAGAGAAAGCCUACUAAGAAGCUGUUGGAAUCAACAGAAGAUUUUGAUCAGCUGUUUAUUCCAAAGAAGAAAUUUAAACGGGGCCUUCAUUCAUUUAAGCCUUCUCAGCACUCUGAAGCCAGAAGUACAAAGAAUGUUCAAACAAUGGUAAAUAGUCCUGUGCCACAGUCUAUGAAGUGUUGUUUAGGUGAAAACAGUAUCUCAAGCAGAAGAAUGGUUUGUAAAAAUGAAAAGAAGUCACAAAUCUCAUCUUCCAAUAAGGACCAAAUUCAACUCAGAUCUGGAAGUGAAAAAAAGAAUGAUAAUCAGCCAGACUCUGCUGAUGAAAAUGACCUGGAUGGACUUUUAUCAACAUCAAGGAAAUCACAAGUGGAACGUGGUGGAGGGGCUGCAAAAAAGGAAAAUGUUUGUCAGCUAUGUGAGAAACCUGGGGAGCUACUGCUUUGUGAGGGACAGUGCUGCGGUGCCUUCCACUUAACGUGCCUAGGUUUAAGCAAAAUGCCCGAAGGAAAGUUUAUGUGCAGUGAAUGUACUACAGGUAUUCAUACUUGCUUUGUAUGUAAAGAAAAUGAGAAAGAUGUGAAGCGAUGUCUCAUGCCACUCUGUGGGAAGUUUUAUCACAUGGAAUGCAUUAAGAAGUACUCCCCCACUGUACUGCAGAACAAAGGAUUCAGAUGCUCAAUCCAUGUUUGUCUAUCUUGUUAUGCCUGCAACCCUUCCAAUCCAAGAGCAACAAAAGGUCGAAUGAUGCGCUGUGUACGGUGUCCUGUCGCUUAUCAUGCUAGUGAUAAUUGUCUGGCAGCUGGAUGUGUGGUCCUGGCUUCAAACAGUAUCAUCUGUACUAACCACUUUACUGCAAGGAGAGGCUGCAGACAUCAUGGCCAUGUCAAUGUCAGCUGGUGCUUUGUGUGUUCUGAAGGUGGCAGCUUGCUCUGCUGUGAGUCAUGUCCUGCUGCAUUUCACCGUGAGUGCCUGAACAUUGAGAUGCCUAAAGGAAAAUGGUACUGUAAUGACUGUAAGGCUGGAAAAAAGCCGCACUACAAGGACAUCAUCUGGGUAAAACUUGGCCGAUACAGAUGGUGGCCUGCUGAAAUUUGUCAUCCCAAAAAUGUACCUGUAAAUAUCCAAAAGAUGAAACAUGAAAUUGGCGAGUUUCCUGUCCGCUUCUUUGGAUCCAAUGACUACUUCUGGACUUACCAGGCACGAGUGUUUUCGUAUAUGGAAGGGGACAAAGGGAACAAAGACAAAAAAUGCAAAGGUCUUAACACCAUUUUUAAAAAAGCACUACAAGAAGCGGCAGAAAGAUUUGAGGAGCUGAAAGCUCAAAGAGAGACGAGACAGGCGCAGGAAGACAAACGGAAUGAGAAAAAACCACCACCAUACAAACAUAUAAAGGUAAACAAGGCUGUGGGUAAAGCUCAGAUCUACACUGCUGAUCUCUCUGAGAUUCCAAGAUGUAAUUGUAAGCCAACUGAUGAGAAUCCCUGUGGGGUAGACUCUGAAUGUCUGAAUAGAAUGUUAAUGUAUGAAUGCCAUCCAGCCGUCUGUCCUGCAGGAGAAAAAUGUCAGAACCAAUGCUUCACCAAGCGGCAGUAUCCUGAAGUGGAAAUUUUAAGAACUCCAGGGAGAGGAUGGGGUUUACUUGCAAAAUAUAACAUUAAGAAGGGACAAUUUGUGAAUGAAUAUGUUGGUGAGGUGAUAGAUGAAGAGGAGUGUUAUGCUCGAAUCAAAUAUGCACAGGAACAUGACAUCACCAACUUCUACAUGCUAACUCUUGACAAGGAUCGUAUAAUUGAUGCAGGCCCAAAAGGAAAUUAUUCGCGCUUCAUGAAUCACAGCUGCAAGCCAAACUGUGAGACACAGAAGUGGACAGUGAAUGGUGACACUAGAGUUGGACUGUUUGCUUUGUGUGAUAUUGCUGUUGGAUCUGAGCUAACGUUUAAUUAUCACUUGGAAUGCUUGGGCACUGGAAAGACUGUAUGUAAAUGUGGAGCUCCAAACUGCAGUGGCUAUUUAGGCGUGCAGCCUAAGAACAUACCAAACUCCACAGAUGAAAAGAAGGUAAAGAAAAGGCAAAUGCCUCCAAGAAAGCGCAAGCAGCAGUCUGAAAUAGUGAGAGAUCAUGAGGAAGAAUGUUUCCGUUGUGGAGAUGGUGGGCAACUAGUCAUCUGCAAGAAGCCUGGAUGCCCUAAGGUGUACCAUGCUGAUUGUCUGAUCUUGAGCAAGCGCCCUGCUGGUAAAUGGGAAUGUCCGUGGCAUCAAUGCGACGUGUGUGGGAAAGAGGCAGUUUCUUUCUGUGAGCUGUGUCCCAGUUCUUUCUGCACGGAUCAUAGGGACGGAGCACUAUUCAUCUCCAAACUAGAUGGCCGACUUAGCUGUAAUGAACAUGAUCCAUGUGGCCCAGUUCCUUUGGAACCAGGAGAAAUUAGAGAGAUUAUGCCACCACCUAACAGCCAUCUAUUACAGACUUUACAGUCAUCAGAAUCCCUGUAUAUUCGGUGAAUGGAGUGCCCAUUUAUGCGGUCCUUCUUGCUGAAGUGUGCAUUUGUGCCAGUGUACACAUAUGGAUGGAGUCAAUUUAGGUGACAGAUGCAAGAUGCAUAAUUCCAUUAGCUAUAGGUUACUUGUACUGAGUUAAAUGAACUUGGACAAUGUAAAAUUAAACCACAUGUUCACCUUCCUAAUAUCCUCAGAACAAUUAUACUUGGAUUUAUACCUGGGACAUAAAACAGGCAUACUCAGGUCAAACAAGAAUUUUGGUUAAACCAACAGCAAGGCCAGUUAUUUUUUGACCCCAGUGAACCUAGUUAUGUGUAGCUUUUUAAUGUGAUGUACUAUAAUGCUCACUUAACAUAGGAUCAGGAAAUUCAUCUAGCAUGUUUUUGAAUUGUAUGCUUAUUCUAGUUCCAUACCUAGAAGUAGGUGAUCACUGAAAGCAGUAGUUGCCAUGUGCUGUAAUCAAUGCAUCUUGUGGACUAGUAAAUUCAAUUAAUUGAUUAAAUCUGCUUUCUCCUAGCACUUGUUCAACGAUGGCAUCACAAUAACACUUCAUUUAAAUUGAUAAGUGAAAAUCAUUAUCCGUCACUCAAGGUUACUGCCCGGGAAGUGGAUGGUACAAAGUUAGGCAUUUUUAUUUCACUUCUAGAAUCAAGUUCAAAUCCAUUUCAUUUCAGAAGAAUGAAAUUCUCCAUGUCUUGUUCAGAACAAGGGUUUAGAACUUUGUCCAAUCUAUUCUGGAAAUUAGUCAUGAAACGAGCUUAGAUGCAGGAAGCAAAGUUCUAUUUCAACCUGUGCAGAGUUAGCAUUUACCAAUCAAGAUCCAAGUUUAAAUUGUCUCUGAAUCCAGCACUAAUUCUUGAUCAUAUUGCUCACUGAGUUGAACUUAUUGCUGAUGGAACAAUGAAGUUGGGUAUACUGUUUUGAAUUUUCCCUGGGUAAUACCCAGCCUCAGUGUAACAAAAAAAAACAAGAAAAUUGUAUGAGUGUGUUUGGUCCUCAUUGUGAGCAUACAUUUACAAAAUAAAUAUUAAAGCAGAAGUUAUUUUUUUAAGCAUUGGUGGAAAGAUUAGCUGAGCUACAACAUGCUGACAAAAAUCACAGCCUUGGUGUUCAAAUAACAUCACCUUUUUGCUGAGGUGAUAUUUCUUUGCCAGUUUCAUGCUAAAUGUGUAGUGCAUUUUACUGAGAUGUGGUAUCUCAGCCAACUUCAGUCAACCUAGCCAGUCGAUGGUGAAGGCAGAUGUCAUUUAACUGGAGAAUUUUGCUGUCAGCAUUUUGAAGUGUUAAGUUUUAAAGUAUCCAAUCGCAAUUUAAUUCUUUUUUUUUCAACUAUUUAAAAAUGUAGAUUAAGAUGAUUCAGUAUUUAAAGAAGUUCAUAUUUUAUGAAAAUAUAGCUACAUUCUAUUCACAUGCUUCUUCUCCUGGAAGUAAGAUACAAAGUUGAGGAAAAAUUGCCAGUAUCCCUUUAACAAAAGGAAAUAUAUCUAAAUCGGUAAUAAAAAAAAAAUUGGGUGUUAAGAGCAGUUCCAAGUCAAAAUCAUUUUGUUUGUUGAACAGUCUUUCCUAAGUGAACUUCAAUGCCAUCCGAACUUUUGACUGGUCUUGCUUUUCCAUUUGAAAUUGCUGUGCAAUUAGAUAUUUUGAUUGUAAAUCAUAAGGCCUUUCAGAGUAAUAGUUUGUCAUUCAUAUUUUGCAGCAUUGUGUAAACUUGUAUUUAUUCUAAAUUUCCACAAUCCCAAGGAGACUGAUUCUCAGGAGUGCGGGAAUGUGUACAUGAUUGCUGUUACAUUAAUUUCCCCCCAGCAGAACAUUUAAUUGUCAGGAAUUAUCUCUGGACAUGAAAGACAGAGUCCUGAGACUUAACCAUUCCACAAGUCAGUGUUCAUGCUAACCCUGUAAAUUAGAGUAAGCUAAUGGCGUAAUGUAGUGGAUUAGAUGCCUUUGAAAGUAAACUUCAAAUGUUUUCUAGUCUGAAGGAUGAAUAUCUUUUCUACCGACUGAAUGUCAUACAGCUUACAUGGAAUGAGCUUCGGAUAUCCUUGUACUCAGACUUAUUAUUCAACAUACCUUUAUUCAACACAAAGUGUCUGUUACUUUGAGGUCAAACGAUGACAGAUUAAAAGUAGUGUUACAGUGAUGAAAUAAAUAAUCCCGAGUUUCAAACUGCAGGAUAUCGUUGGAUAUUGCAACAGCUAUUCUGCAACUAAUCAACUCGACCAGGAAAUCACCAAUGCAUGCUCCCCAGUAUAGGAAAUGACACAUUCCUCACACUUACUGAUGAAUACAACAGUAACUAAUAAUUUCCACUGUACUUAAAUGAGUCCAAAUGCAAAAUGGCUUGUUUAUUGAUGGAUAUGUGUUCAGGUUUUUAUUAAAGCUCAAGGAAAUAAUACAGCAUUCAGUCCUCAGUGCAGCAAUAAUUGUAAUUCUUUUUUUUGCAAAUGAGCAUCCUUCAAAGACAGUUGGAUGUUAUAUUGAAUGGUCUUGACUGGAAGAAUGGUCACCAAUCUAAAAUAAGCCUUAAAUAUAUUCUACCAGUGAAAUGAUUGCCCCUAGUGUUUGGUAUUGUCAUGAGUAUUUCUUUGUAGCUUUUCUGCAUUUCUCUUGGAUACAUUAGUUAUCAUUGGGGAAUAGUGAAAUUACUCUAAAAAAUAAUACUGAAGCAAAUGAUCUUGGAUUAAAGAUGCCAAUUAAAAAUAUUGCUCAUUUUAAGUUUAACUGUUCCAGAUUUUGAAUCCAGAUCAAUUUGGAGAUGUACUUUAGUUCCAAAAGUGAUAUUGCUCAUCAGUUCUUUUAAGAAGUUUGUCAAUUAUUGUACACUUUCUGCUUUGGUUAUCACUUAUAUUUAAUUACAAAUGCCACAAAUACACAUUGGUCUCGAAUCCACAGCCAACAACAAGCAAUGGAAUAUUUUGUCAAAACACUUUGUUUUAUUAAUUCCUUUCUAAAGAAACCCUGUUUCCAUAAUUUAAUCCAUAAAUUGCCUGACAAAUUGUGGUGAUAAUCAUGAGCCUCGUGUAAAUUGAAAUCAUCAAGCAAAAACCACAAGUUUAUAAAGCUGGAUAAUAUCUUUACCCCAAUUCAGCUCUUCUUGUAAAAAUUUGUAUGCAAUAAAGUUGCUACUUUCCGCCAUUUUACAAAGGGUUUAUGUUCCUAAAGAACCCUUUAUGAAAACUACUGCUAGAGUUGACCCAUGAAUUCUUAUUAAGAGAUACCAGCUGCUAUGGCAGUGGUAAGUCACCAUGGCAGCCGGUAUUAAGGAUGCAAUAAAUCAAAACCAAACUUUGAUGAUCUGAAAUAUACAAUUCAUUCAAUGACUGGUCAUUAUUGCCAGAUGGAAGAGAACAGGUGCUCUUUUUUUUUCCCCUCUCAUUUUAAGUGGCUUAUCUAUUGACAAGCUUUCAACUGACCCAAUCAAAAAGGCUUAAAUGUUACUAUUCAUAUGGACCUGUUUUCAUGAUAGCCUCCAAAUGCAUUCCCUAUCCUUCAUUGUAUCAAAUUAAACCUUUGUUAAGCAAAUAAUAAAUAAAAAAGAACUUUGAGGCAAUGAUUACACACAUUACGUACAUACUUUUUUUUAAAAAGCCUAUACUCCGACUGCACCCCAAACUAUUUGGUGACAUGAUGUUAUAUAUUUCAGUGUUUAAAAAGCUGGGACAUGCUGUUGCAUCUGGUUCAAAUACAUCUUGCAGUGACUCUCUAAAGAUCCAAGUGGCUUAUCUGUAUGCUGACUGGUAUCUCAGAUAAUUAUGCAAUGCUAUUAUUUCAGCCAUAUAGUUUAAUUCACAUUAGUAAUUAACAUAGUUCUUUGAGACUUAAAUAGCUACACUGAAACAGAAAAUAAAGACAACAAAUAAUAAGCGAAGAACCCCUUGAAAUGCUAUUUCUAUAUGUAACCAAUGGAUUGAUUUCCAUUUAAAUGACUUAAGAACUUUUCUUUGAUUCUGGUUAUGUUGGCCAUCUGAGAAACAGUUGGAAACCUGUAAUUUUUAUACAUUGGAAGUUCGAUUUACAUUUUGAAACCUAUUUCAUGGUAAUAUUAUUACUGGAAAAUAAUUUGGUUCUUUGUUAAUGGAAUUGUGAACUUUAUACUGUCUGAAUUGUCAUUUCUUAAUCCUGAAGAUGCAUUAGCAUUUUCAUACCGAACUGAAUCAAAUCUCCUUUGGCCGUCUUAAGCACUGAAUGCUAAAACUAUUAUCAUACAUAAUAUGUCUCGGUGUUAGUAAUAAUUUGAAUUUAUUAAGGCAAAUAUUAACAGGAAUCUUGUAUAGAAAAGAAAAACUAUAAUCAAUUGUAUUUGCAAUUAUUCAAAGCAGGUAAUCUGGAUCCAUACACCAGGGGUCUUAAAAAGAUGACAAUUUUAAAACAUUGCUACACUUGUCAAAGAUCACAAUAAAUGUUCAUGUGAUUUAGAUGUACUUGUGCAUCAUGUUCAUGUAAGUGAUGCUUAGAUCAAGGAUUUUUUCCCCUAUGUUUCUCAAAUUUUAUUAAGUCUGCAAAACAGUUUUUGUUUAUAAUGUGUAAAGGAUAUAUCAAAUAUGACAAUUGCAGUAUAUACUGUAUGAUGUUUAUUCUUUUGUCUACACUGGGUCUACUGACUGCAACAGAAAAAUGCAAUUAAAGAGUGCUUCCUCAAAAGAGGGCAGGUAAAUUUUAUUCAGGGGUCUAGAUUCUGGUUGCUGAAAAGUGAGGGUACAUUAAGAUUAGGAUAAGACUUGGAUAUUAACGCCUUGUAUUAAAAACAACACUGCCAGUACCCGCUUCUUGGUUGGGAAUGACCAUUGUGCAAAUAUAGGACAACUGAUACGAACUGAUUUAGUGUUGGCCUUAAAGCAAUUAUGAUGAGAAGUAUUCAAACAAAAAUAUUCUGCAUUCCUUUCUUCACAGUUGCUGCCUGAGAUAGUCAGUUGUUCUGACAUGUAAUUUUAAGUUUGCACCUGCAAUAUUUGGCUUUUUUAUUUUAGAGUUCAUUACCAUUUUACACAGAUGUCCCAUUCACUAACUUUCACAUUUUCACUAUCCAGUAGGUCUUAUUGUUUAUUGCUUUUUUUCUUAGUGUUUUAAACUUUCAUGCUUCCUGACUAAGUGUUAUAAUAUCUUCACUGUUGGAGACAGUUCCUCCAAUUUAUUUUUAUUUAUGCAAGUAAUUAUUAUUCACUAUUAAACUUGACAUUCCAAUAUCUGUAAGCACGCUAAUGGGGCAACAGUGGAGUCCUUCCCUGUUUCUGUUCUGAAUUGAUAUUCUCACACAGCCAUUUGCAACAGAAGCUGCAAAAAAAAAAAAAGAAUCCAGCAUUCUUAACUCAGGGAAAGGGGGUACUUUGAGACUUCCUAAUCCAAUAAUAGAACAUUGUUUAUAUAAAAAGAUGCUCCUAUUUCCUUCAGUGCACUGAACCACCUGUACCUUGAUUCAAUGCUUGAGCUCCUAGGUGACAGUCAAAUGAAAAUCAAUUUGGGUCCUCCCUGUUCUAAUUUCUCUCUCAGUAUUAAGAGAGAAAUCAAGAAACUAUCAUUAUUGUCAGUUUCACGUGGAAGUGCAUCUUAAUGAAGAUUUGCAUUUGACUUCAAAAGUUAAAAUAAAACAUGGUUCACAUGAUAGAAUUUCCUUUCUAUUUUGAAAAAAAAGAGGAAAUGUUACAGUUGUAUGCUCAAUGAGUUCCAGCAGGUUUAAAACAGGAAUUGAACAAUUUAUUGUAAUUUAUUUUCAAAAUGCUAGUGUAGGUUGAAGUACAGAGUUAAUAACAUAGCUAUGCAAAAUUUUAUUUACAGUGAAUAAACAUUAUUAUGAUGCUGCUUUCAAUGGCUUUCCAAAUAACAAGGUUAAGUCACUAGGCAGUUAUGGGGAAGAAUAAUAAAUGAAAAUAUAAUAAUGGAAAAGGUUCAGUUUUGAGAUCUAUUAAAGAUGCAAUUAAAAGAAACAUUAUAUUAGUUUAUAGAGUUUACAGAGAACCAAUGUAUUUAUAUCUUAGUAUUAUUUUAGCAGAUUUAAAAUCUGUACUGUGAAGGUAAAAUUUACAUUAAUCAGAAUCUGAUGGAGUUCACACAAUCAUUUUAGCAAAAAAAAUUCACUUGAUUCUUCCUCCCAGAAUACUAACUCUAUCCAUUUCUCAUCAUGCCAUCAGGCUUUUCAUAAAUUAGACUACUGUUCAACCUUGGCACCACCAUGGCUUCCUGUAAGAUGCUCUGGUGAUAACCAAUAGAAUCCAAAGAUGUGAGGUAAAUAUAUUGUAAUUAAUAAUAACUGAAAAUAGAUCCUCUUCCCCCCACCCUCGCCACAAAAGUUACUUUUUUUACCCUAAGCAGUGCCAUAUUUCUAGUUCACAUACAAAUAUCAACUAUCACCUGUUAUUCUAGUAAGAGAGUAGGCACUUCUAAUGAAGUGCUUUGUUGCUGUAUUAGUGAAAUUAAGAUGCUCUUAGUUUUAUGGGCACAAAGCACUCCUUGUGAGAUGUUUGAGUAAUAGGAACAAAAAUUUAACUAAAAUGAAUGGAUUUUCUGUUUAAAUAAAUACUUUAACAUUGUGAUGCCAACCUUUUAUGGAGUGUAAUAAGCUAAAUGUCAAAGACAGACUUUUUGAAAUAAUGUGAUGAUUAAACUGCAUAGACAUGGGAUGAUCUUUCAAUAAGUCUGAUACAUAGUUUAUUAUUGGUUUCAUGAAUUCAAAGAUUAUAUGAAUUAGUUCAUUACAUCUAAAUAUUUACUUAAUGUUAGUUUGUUAGUGGUCCAAUGUGAAGGACUGUAACAGAUUAUAAAUUAAAUGGCAGUUUUAAUUAGUUGAUAGGAUUUGUACUACAAUUGGUACUGUAAGUGAUUUUUUUGAGUUGUGCCUAGUUUCACAAUGGUUCAAGCCACCACUCCUGAGAUUUCAAAUGAGAAAAUCUGCAGAUGCUGGAAAUCCAAGCAACACACACAAAAUGCUGGAGGAACUCAACAGGCCAGGCAGCAUCUAUGCAAAAGUACAGUUGACAUUUUGGGCCAAGACCUUUUGGCAGGACCUGCCCAAAAUGUUGACUACUUUUUUUAUUUCCAUAGAUGCUGCCUGACCUGUUGAGUUCCUCUAGCAUUUUGGGAGUGUUGCGCCUAAGAUCUACUGUGAUUUCCUAUUUGUUGUAUAUCAAAUGAAAGCAAAAAAAAAUGAGUAUCAUUUCAGGAACUCUGACUAAUGAUUUGUUGAUGCGAGUUUGGUAUGAGAUUGACCCAUCAGCUUUUUACAAACAUGAAACUUUAAAAUGUUUGAACUAUUUGCAUUUGGUUCAGAAACUUUUAUGAAUGUGAUCCAUAUGGCUAGGAUAGUCAACUACCUGAAGCAGGAUUGAGUUUCACAAGUUUAAUCGCAGUUGAAAUAUAUAUUUUGCCUUUAAGGGAAUUCACUAGAGUACAAAUUGUGGGAUAGAGGGAAAGGCAAUGUCAACUUUUGGCUAUCCCUGAACAGGUUUUUAAUUGAACAUAAAGCUAUGAAUACAUUAAUGUAAUAUUACUUUUGGUGAUAUUGCAGAUGCUAUUUUGGAAUAGGAUUGUUAUAUUUUAUAAAAAGCAUAGACAUUUGCUGUCUCAUAAUGUGUCAUUAAUUAUCAGUGGAUUAAAUGCGGUUUAUAUUUGCUUUUAUUUGACUUGUGCAAACUAUUAUAAGAUGGUUUGCUCAGCUGUUCAAAUAUGAAUUCUGCCUAAUUGACUUUCUUAAAAUGCUGAAACUUAAUUUGUUUUUAAAAAUUAGAACAUUUAGAUUUGGAUGGGUAAUAGCCAAUGCCCUUGCCCUGAUCACUGUCCAUUGAUGCAUGCUAUAAGGUAUGUUGUGUGUGUGUGUGUGUGAGAGAGAGUGUGUGUGUGAGUGUGGACACGUAUAUAUCUUUAAGUGGCUUUUUUAAGAAUGGACAAGUUUUCGAAGAGUAGAUAGCAUCCAUAGUUUUGCACCCAAACAAACAAAACAGCAAAGAGAAAGGAAUGGAGAAAACCUGUAUCUGAUUGAUAUCUAGCAUUGUAUGGAGUUGAAUUAGAGGUAGCUUUAGUUUAGGCAUGUCAUUGUGCUUUCUUUCAAAGUUGUGAACAAGAAUAAAUUGUAACACUUCCAGUGGUAGCCAAGUGAUUUUAUUGCAAGCUACUUUCGAAGACUGCAGAUAAUCUUAACGUAAUUCAGUGACUUAAAAAGUAAUUACUAUGGGAAGCUGAAAUACUUCAAAGUAUUUAUGAACUGUAAUGAGGAUUAUUUGUAUAAUAGGGAAUAUCUGGUCAGUAUUACUGGAAUUUGUUAAUAUGCAAAUUUCUUCAGUUUUAAGUAAUUUCUAACUUUUCUGCCUUUAACUAGAACUGGUGCAUUGACUGCUCAUAAAACUCUGAGAGGUGUUUACUUGGUAGCUGCUGUCUGAAGAUUUUAAAGCAUUAGUUAAAGCAUAAAAGCAAAAAGCCACAGUUGUACUCUUAGCCUCACUGAAGAGGAAUUGCAUAACACCAUUGAAGCUUGAGAGAUUAUCAAAUCAGUCAUUGAGAAUAUUGGGAUCCAACUCAAAUAUAAAUUACUGUUUGAUUUAACAUCUUGGCUGUGAUUGUUAAAACUAUUUUGGCCAUUUGAAUAUACUGUAGUGGAAAACUAAUAAACAGUACUGUCCCAUAAGAGUUUUAUCUUUACAGGGUUACAUUGUAUAAUUCACUUCUGUUACACUGUUGGAAUUAUAUAGAAUUUAGGAUAGAAGGGGACUUGAAGUAAUUAUGAGGGCAUUAUUAAAUGAAAUAGGAUUUGUCAUUAUCCAUGAAUCAACAACCUACGCUGUUCAAAUAGCCCAUUGAUUAUAAAAUAAAUUGCACUGGACUUAAUGUGCUGGAUAUCGUAGACUAAUAAGGUCAUUUAACAACCUGAACUACUGCCUGUUGGAAUGCAGUGUUUUUGAGCUGUAUUGUCUGCAUAACUUGCUCUAUUGUUUUGGCUGUACAAUAAUUAAAGCUCAAUAUACAUUUAAUUGUUGCUUUAUUGUGACUGUAUGGCUCUGUAGUCAAAUUUUAUACCCUGCCUUUAAGGCCUGUUUUAAAGGCCAACUGAUCUUUGGUGGCAAGCCUGUUUAUUAUUUUUUUCAUUUUGAUGUCUACCGGGAAUACAUUAAACAAAAUCAUGUUCCAUAGUGAGGGAUGUAUUCAGUGGUUAAAUAACUGUUCAUAAGCAAGGCUGUCCUGUGAAACAACCAAAAUAACAUAGAUCUUAUGUAUUUGUACAUGGUGAAAAUGCAGUCAGAGAAUAAAAGUUACAUUUACUGAAAUUUCAGAAGUUUGAUGCUAUUUGCUAUAUACCUUUUUGACAAUUUAAUUUUUUCUCUCUUGUUAGAACUACGAAUUACUGUUGGACCUGCUUUUAUCAGAUAUUGGAUUACACUUCUUUUACUUCCUAUAUACUACAUAGCAUAAUCUUUAUCCAGUUCUGGAGAGCAAUAAAUACACAACAAAUUCUGCAGAAUCCAAAAUAACACACACAAGAUGCAGGAGGAACUCAGCAGGCCAGGCAGCAUCUAUGGAAACAAACAAAACAGUUGAAACCCUUUACUUAAAGACUGGACAAGAAACAGGGAAGA